AUGGCUGAGAAGCAAUUUGAAUUGAGCCGGUAUGAGUUGAAUCGGAAGCCGCAGGAGCUGAUCCUGGACUCGACGGAAAUCAAAGUCCAGCGAAAGGCUUUAAAUGCGCUUUUGAUGUGCCCAAUUUGCCUCGACAUCCUGCGGGGGACCAUGACGACAAAGGAGUGUCUUCAUAGAUUUUGUCAAGAGUGCAUCACGACCGCUCUUCGAUCAGGAAACAAAGAAUGCCCUACUUGCAGAAAGAGACUCGUGUCAAGAAGAUCUCUUCGACACGAUCCCAUCUUCGAUGCUCUGAUCGCAAAGUUGUACCCGUCACGUGACGAGUACGAAAAGCACCAGACGCAACUAUUGAGCGAAGUGAUGCAAAAACACGAUUUCAACCCGAAGAACAAAAAGAAAGGCGGCAAAGAGAUAAAAGGCGCCAAUGAACAUGAGAACGGCACUCCAAAAGCCGGGGCGAAGCGACAAGCAAAAGAAGAACUGGUGGAAGAGGUCAAUGUUUCACUUGUGCCAGGAGCCGAUACGAUUGGAGAGACGAGUUUCAAUCUCAUAUUCAAAGUCGACCUGGCGAAGAACCCUUCCAAUGUGCCAAAAAUUGGCCAUCUAACAGAAUUUCUGAAAACGAAACUAUCCAGCGACAAAAUCAUCAUUCGCGACACCGACGAUACCAUUCUCGCCGAUGGCCAAUGUCUGACAUUUGCGAUUGCCAACAGCCACAUGGGCGUGCUGAAAUUAUUCUACGAGUCGGAAAACGAGAAUACUUUUUCGGAAAUAACCGAGUCCGAGUUACUCGUCCGGCAGCAGAAUAAUGAUCUUGAAUUGCUGAGGAUCGAGCUCGAGUCGAAGAAGCUUCAAAUUGAGUCGCUCAAACAUGACUUUCAGAGCAGAAUCGAUGACCUGGAAGACCGCGCACAAGGAGCCGAGCGUUCCUCUAGAAUUCUACAAACGCGUCUCUCCCAAGCCGUGGCGGAAAACGAGCGAAUGUCCCGCAAAUCUACAAAAGACUGGGACGCAAUUCGAAAGCGCCAGGGCCAGCUUGAGGAGAUGAACAAAAAUUUAAUGUCAGAAGCGCGGCUGCUGGAGGAGGGGCUCGAAUCGAUAAAGAUUGAUGAAGAAGAAUACGGUAAAAUCGCGGCGAUUCCACAAAAUCAGCGCUCAAUUAGACAAAUGGUUUCCUCGCGCGUUUAUGAGAUGCUUCAACCGCAGCGGACGGAAAUCGAAGUCUUGAAGAGUCAACUUGAUUCCAUGAGCAAUUCCUUUCAGGAGCAAGCAGGCCGUCUGAAUCUCAAAAUCGAAGAAUGCCACCGUCUUGAAAACCGACUUAGAGAACUCGACCUGAAAUACACAACCGUAGACGAUGAAUUAAAAGAAGCACGUGACCUGGUCGCGAUAAAUUUCGACAAAGGAAAAAGGUUUGACGAGUUAAAUCAAGCACACGUUCAAUUUGAAUCUGAUCUUGAAAUCGCGCAGAAGAAAUUGAUGCUCGUUGAGCGAGAGAAAAUAGAACUUGAUGAGCGAGUGAAGGAUCUGUCUGUCAAACUCGAAAUGACGAAACAACGAGAGUCGCUGCUCACCGAAGAUAAAGGAUACUUGAAGAGAAUUAAUACAGAGUUGCAACAGAAAAAUGGGGACCUCGACAAAAUUAAUCAAGAUCUUAUGAAACGUAACAUGGAUCUUCAAACCGCCCGUGAGCAGAUUAUGGAAAAAUAUCUAACUGGCACUUCCGAAGCCCGAAUGAGCGCCCAUGCCGAGCGAAAAGAGCAAGUCGAAAAGCUCAAACUUGAAACUGACCAAGAGGAAAGAGAGAAUGCUGUUCUUCGGGAAGCUAGAGAUCAGGCUCAGCACGAGAAAGAAAAUCUGGAGUUGGCGAAUCAAAGGCUUCGUGAGUCGUUAUCUUCGGCCCAGAAUGAUCUGACAGAAACUCGAGCAGCCCAUAAGCUCCGGGAAUCGGAACUAACGACCUCGUACCAAAGCCUACAACUUGAAUCCAAGCGUCAUCAACUCGCCAAAACCGAGCUCCGUGAGGCCCUCGACGCUUCCCAGCGCGACGCAAAAGCGGCAACGAGCAAAAUGGAACUGCUUCAGCGCGAAAUUUUCAAAAUCCAAAACUCAUCGGAAAAAGAAAAACUCCACUUGGAAGCGGAAAAUCGCGAAAUCUCGGCCAAGCUCAAGACUUUUGAAAACCUCGAAAAGGAGCUCGAUAGCGUGGUACUGCACAUUGCCGACGACGAUAAUGAGAACGACCCGGAGCAAAUGCUCAGGAAUUUCGGAAUCGGCGGAAAUAUGCCGACGAACUCCAGGCGGCGAAUGCAGCAAAGCGUGCGACUCGCCAAGCGUGCGCUCAACCUUGAACGGAUUAACGUCGAUAAGUCCCGAGAGCUGGAUCUUCUGAAAGAAAGCAACACAAAACUGAAAGAACAAGUCCAAUCCCUCGAAGCAGCGAUGGACGGAGUGAAUCAGCCUUAUUCCUAUCUUGUUCAAUCCGCCGCUGAUAAAGACAGCACUAUCGCCGGGUUGAAAGAAAAGCUCAAAAAACAACACAGCCUUAUUUUGGAACUCACCGAUCACGUGGACAAACUCAAACUCGUCAAGAAACAGUUGAUCAGCGACCUCGAGCGCGUUUUGUCGAAUCGUGAUAGUUUGCAUUCGAUGAAGCAAAGUAUAAGUGACCUUCAUGUGAAAUCCUCCGCGGACUUCGGCGGCCGGGUCAAGCUCGAACCACGUGGUUCAAAUGUCGGACCAGUCAUGUUCACCAAAGAGUAG